AUGACCACCCGGUUGGAUUACAUCGAAACAAUCGCCGGCCGCCAAGAUGCAGAGAAAACGACCAGCGUCGACAUCAUGGGCGAGGAGGCCAUGGAAAUUGAUCCCCAGGUUGCACGGCGUGUCUUGAGAAAGAUCGACCUCUUUUUGAUGCCUGCCAUGGUCAUUGGAUACGGCUUGGUUUACUACGACAAGGCAAUACUAGGGAAUGCAGCGCUGUUCGGCAUGACCGAGGAUUUGCAGUUGAAGGUCGUCGACUCGUCGGUGAAUCCUCCUCAGAUCGACACAUCCAGGCUCAGUUGGGCAACGUCCAUCUUCUACUUUGGCCAGCUGGCGGGCUCCUAUCCGAUGACAUACGCCGUGCAGUACUUUAACACGCGCUACGUUCUGGGUCCCGUCGUGAUGGUCUGGGCCGUUAUUUGCGCUUCCACAGCAGGUGUCACAACGUGGCAGGGCCUGUUAGUGCAACGGUUCUUUCUGGGCUUCACCGAGGCGGUUAUCCCCACGGGCUUCAUGAUCACCGUCAGUGGAUUCUACACGCAGUCGGAACAGGCACUCCGGCAGAGCUGGUGGUUCUCGGGAACCGGAUGGUUCACCAUCAUUGGCGGGGCACUGAACUAUGGCUUCGCGCAGAUUGACAGCGGGUCUUUGAAGGCAUGGCAGUAUAUUUACGUUCUUGCUGGGGGACUGACGUUCUUGUUUGGACUCUGGUGCUUCUUCAUCCCCAACUCGCCUUUGAAUGCGUGGUUUCUGAGUCCCGAGGAGCGAAUCGUGGCGGUGGAGCGAUUGCGCGCUGGACAGACCGGGGUGAAGAAUCACAAGUUGAAGGUCUCACAAAUCAAGGAGGCCGUUAUUGACAUCAAGGUCUGGCUAGUCGCAAUCACAAUGGCUGCUGCAUAUACCGUCAACGGGGCUGUCUCGGGAUUUGGCCCUUUGAUUGUCUCGACAUUUGGUUACUCCUCGCUGGAGAGCAUUCUUUUCCAGUUCCCUCUUGGAGGUCUGUCGGCGGUUGGAAUCAUCUUGACAGGCUGGCUCUGUUCACGCUUUCCAAGCACUCGGGUAAUCAGCUUGCUGGUCUGCUGCCUACCCGUCAUCGCAGGUUUCGCCAUGAUUUGGAAAUCUACGUGGGGCUACCAGCCGGUAGUUCCGGUCGUUGGAUACUCCCUUAUUGGAUUCUUCGGGCCGGUUGUCAGUUUGACCAUCUCCCUUGGCGCAAGCAACAUCGCAGGCGAAACCAAGAAGAGCUUCAUGGCCUCGGCCGUCUUCGUAGCCUACUGCGUGGGCAAUAUCAUCGGACCACAGUUGAUCCGCAGUGAAACGAUGAGCGAACAUUAUCCCGAGCUAUGGACAGGAUUGAUUAUUUGUUACUGCGUCACGAUCCUGACAGCAUCGGUGCUGUACGUACUCCUAUCGCGCGAGAACAGGCGGAGGAAUACACUGGGACUGGAUGAGAUCGAGCGAGAUCGGCUUGCAUUCAAGGAUCUUACGGACAAGGAGAACCUACACUUUCGAUACGUUUACUGA